UCUCUCUCUCUCUCUCUCUCUCUCUCUCUCUCUCUCUCUCUCUCUCUCUCUCAUCUGUGUUUGUUGUCUCUCUCGCUCGAUCGUGUAACUGAGGACGAGGAUGCAGGCACUUUCCAGGAAAUUAGUUCAACGGCCUCUCGCCGGAGGAGCUUCGAUCUAUUCAUCUUCCUCUAUCAGAUCGCUCUAUGGAGUCUCAGAUCACCUUAAUGGAACUGACAGUCGUCGCUACUCUUCUUCCCUCGCCACUAAGGGCGUGGGACACCUUGCUCGCAAGGGUACUGGUGGGAGAUCUUCCGUUAGUGGCAUUGUAGCUACAGUAUUUGGAGCCACUGGAUUUCUGGGUCGUUAUCUUGUGCAGCAGCUAGCUAAAAUGGGGUCACAAGUGCUUGUUCCUUUCCGAGGCUCAGAGGACUCUCCUCGACAUCUCAAGUUGAUGGGAGAUUUAGGACAGGUUGUACCGAUGAAGUUUGAUCCAAGAGAUGAAGACUCGAUUAAGGCUGUCAUGGCAAAGGCUAAUGUUGUUAUCAAUCUAAUCGGAAGAGAGUACGAGACCAGAAAUUUCAGUUUUGAAGAGGCGAAUCAUCAUAUGGCUGAGAAACUUGCAUUGGUGGCCAAGGAACAUGGUGGGAUAAUGAGAUUUAUUCAAGUUUCUUGUCUGGGAGCCUCUGUAUCAUCUCCUUCAAGAAUGCAGAGGGCAAAGGCUGCUGCUGAGGAAGCUGUCUUGAACGCGCUGCCUGAGGCCACAGUCAUGAGACCUGCGACCAUGAUUGGUACAGAGGACAGAAUCUUGAACCCAUGGGCACAGUUUGUUAAAAAAUAUGGUUUCCUCCCGCUCAUAGGUGGUGGGACCACCAAAUUCCAGCCCGUAUAUGUGGUUGAUGUUGCUGCUGCAAUCGUUGCAGCCCUAAAGGAUGAUGGCUCCAGCAUGGGGAAAACCUACGAAUUGGGUGGUCCAGAUGUCUUUAACGCUCAGGACUUGGCAGAGAUCAUGUUUGAUAUGAUUCGUGAACGGCCUCGAUAUGUGAAGCUUCCAUUUCCAAUUGCUAAGGUAAUGGCAGGUCCUCGGGAUUUCAUGGUGAACAAAGUCCCGUUCCCUCUACCAUCUCCUCAGGUCUUCAAUCUGGAUCAAAUUAAUGCGCUUACAACCGAUACACUUGUAUCUGACAAGGCCUUGACGUUUCAGGAUUUGGACCUUGUCCCUCAUAAGUUGAAGGGAUAUCCGGUCGAGUUUCUUAUCCAAUAUCGCAAGGGUGGUCCUAAUUUCGGUUCUACUGUCAGUGAAAAGAUACCAACAGACUUCUACAAUUGAUGCUGCGUCUGCUCAAAGGUCAUUUCCUGGACUAAUUUUUUCCAUGCAAGUGUCGCAAUGAAAUCGCAGAAACUAGAUUUGGUAUGUUGAUGCCUUUCAUUUACUUCUAUGUCAAUAAUAAAAUGGUUCUCCUCUUUGUUGUGUUCUUGAAAAAAAGUAUAACCCAUCAACAUGAUCAUAAGUUAGAGAGGAGAUGUUAUCUUUCUCGAUUGGGCGAUUUGUUCCCGUAGGAAUUAUCCAGUUUUCUGGUUUGUUUCAAACUUACAUGUGCUACUUUGCUCUUGAGUAUAACUAAGGCCAUGGACUUUGAUCUUUUCAUUC